AAGUGGAUGUUUGAAUCGCCUUCAUCAGCCGUGAGAAGAGAGAGAUGUGUCAUCUAAACCACAACUUCUCUACAGCUGAGUGCUGUCUGAGGGAGGAACAGAAGCUGUGGGUCUCCACAGAGGAGCUGUGAGAGAUGAAGCAACGGUAAUGAAAAGCUGUUUCAUCGGGCAUGUUUGUUGUGACCCAGAGUCCAGAUGUUUCUGUCAUGGAGGGAGAGACAGUAAACAUCACCUGCUGCUGGACAGGAACGUUUGAAAGAGUCAGAGUGAACUGGCUGAAAAAUCAAACAGUCAUUAAGAGCGAGAUCAACAUCUUUCAAUCUCACGGGUCUCUGAAAAAGGAGGCGAAGAACUUCUCAUAUUUCAACAUUUCAAACAUCAGAACAGAGGAUUCAGGAACAUACAUCUGUAAAGUGACUGUGGAGAUUCCAUCUUUAUUUGAGUCUAAAGGAAGUGGGACCAUCAUCACAGUCAGAGAGAAGACCAAUGACACUGACUACAACAACCACACAGACUCCACUCCUUCAUCAUCGACUGUCAUCUUCAUCCUGAGGAGUCUGCCCUUCAUUCUUCUUGUUCUCAUCUUCUGCUGCUUUAGAAACAAGUGGACCACAUCACAGCAUCACGACCCAGCUGCUGGGAGUGAAAGCAUUUCUGCCCACAGAGGAGACCAAGAAGAAGAAGAAGGAAGCAGUGAGAGAGGAAAAGUGGAAACACGGCUGUAGAAACUUUACAAACUUGUUCAGUGUUUUUGGUUUUGUGUUCAAUUUAUAUUUGAUUAUUCCAUAAACAUAAUGAACAACUGUCCCACAUAAUGUCAAACUGAAGCUGAAAUAGUUCCCAACAACAGGUUAUUCACUCACUUAAACACAUCCAGAGUGUAAUUCAAUAAUAAAUAUGAGCUUGUUUGAAUGAUUGCUCAUUAAGUCAUCUGAACAGAAAGCGCCUGAUUUCCAGCUCUAACCUCAUCCUCACUCUGACCCGUUCCCCGUGCUGCACACACACAAACUUUCCACCCAGCAAAUAUAACAAAGUGUAAGAGCUGAUGAAGAGCUGCCUGGUCAGUGUUGAGCUGUUCGUGUGGGUUGACUUUGAGGUUUGUGGUGUUUCUGUUUCUACUACUGAGCAGUUAGCUGGCAGCAGAAGUUUCUUCCUUUGGUUUGUUGAACCAUCUCUUUGUUUUUUCACGAUAUUUUAGUUUGUGUCCUUUUGUUUAGCUCAUAUGUUUGUGUAGCUUUCUCUGUGAGUUCAU